AUGCUAGCCUCCUCUCCUUCGAUAGCCCCCCAAGGGCCCCAGGGCGACGUGGGGGGCCCAGCUCGAGAGCCGGCACUCUCAGUUGCCCUCUGGUUGAGUUGGGGGGCAGCUCUGGGGGCUGUAGCUUGUGCCUUGGCCCUGCUGACCCAUCAAGCAGAGCUGCAAACCCUAAGGAGAGAGGUGAGCUGGCUGCAGAGGACUGGAGCACCCUCCUGGAAGGAGGAUGGGCAGACCUGGCAGAGCCUCUGGGAGCAGAGCCCUAAGGACCUGGAAGCCUGGGAGAAUGGGGAGCAAUUCCGGAGGAGGAGAGCAGUGCUCACCCCAAAACAGAAGAAGAAGCACUCAGUUCUGCACCUUGUUCCUAUUAACAUCACCUCUAAAGAGGGCUCUGAUGUGACAGAAGUGAUGUGGCAACCAACUCUAAAGCGUGGCAGAGGCCUGGAGGCCCGAGGACAUGUCAUCCGAGUCUGGGACGCCGGGAUUUAUCUGCUGUAUAGCCAGGUCCUGUUCCAGGAUGUGAUUUUCACCAUGGGUCAGGUGGUAUCUCGGGAGGGCCAGGGAAGGGUGGAGACUCUAUUGCGAUGUGUACGGAGUAUGCCCUCCAACCCUGACAGGGCCUACAAUAGCUGCUACAGCGCAGGUGUCUUCCAUUUAUACCAAGGGGAUAUUCUGAGUGUCAUAAUCCCCCGGGCAAGGGCCAAACUUAGCCUCUCUCCACAUGGCACAUUCCUGGGGCUUGUGAAACUAUGA